AUGAAGGGGAACCGUACAAUCUUCAUUGAGUUCUUCCUUCUUGGCUUUGGGGAUCUCCAUGGUCUUAAGAUCCCUCUGUUCAUGUUGUGUUUGCUGGUUUAUGUUCUGUGUUUUAUUGGGAACCUCAUGAUUCUAAUUCUGGUGUCAUCCAGUUACCUCCUACAAUCACCUAUGUACUUCUUCAUAUGCCACCUGUCUCUCUGUGACAUGGUCCUCACCACUGACAUUGUGCCCAGUCUUCUCCACAUCAUCUUGAGAAAUGGAAGAGUCAUGUUGUUCCUAGACUGCAUAACCCAGUUCCAGAUUUUUGGUACUUCCACCGGUACUGAAUGUCUCCUUCUGACAGUCAUGUCGUAUGAUCGAUACCUGGCGAUCUGUCAUCCUCUGUCUUACAUAUCAAUCAUGGGUGCAAGGCUAAAGCACCACCUUGUUCUUGGCUCCUGGGGUGUGAGCUUUGCCAUUACAUUGAUCAUUGUGUUUCUGAUAUCUGGUCUAAACUUCUGUGGGGAGAACAUCAUUGACCAUUUCUUCUGUGACUUUGUGCCAAUCAUCCAUCUUUCCUGCUCCGACACUCGACUGUUACAAACUAUUGACCUCAUCCUGACAGCCCCGGUGACCCUGUUACCCUUUAUGGUCAUCAUUGUCAGCUAUGUCUGUAUAUCAGUUGUUAUCGUGAAGAUCCCUACAGUGAAAGGGCGGCAGAAGGCAUUUUCUACCUGCAGCUCUCAUCUCAUGGUCGUCGCUUUAUUCUAUACAUCUCUUAUUGCUAUAUAUUUGGUGCCGACCUCUGGACGUUCAGUGAUCGCCUUAAAGGUUCUUUCAUUAAUGUACACAGUUGUCACUCCCUUCCUUAACCCCUUAAUAUACACAUUACGAAACCAAGAGAUCAAAUCAACAGUCAUUAAAUUGGUUUGUUCAAAAAGGUAA